UUUAAUAGAAAUCUUACUUUUACUCUUCACUAAUUUUUUAUGUAAAAGUUGCCGGCACUCUGGACAACUUUCCAGUAGAAAAGUUGACAAUGCUCGAAGGAAAUUUCUAAUAAAACUGAAAAGUCGCAUUACGCCCUGAUUGCUUACAAUUUAACAAAAUAUUUCUAAUAUAAAUCGUGUCUAAAAAGCUAUAAAAUAAAUAUUCUUAAUAAGUUUCGAUAAAACUGACUACCACUAUAUAAACUAUUUAAACGUAUCUUUUAAAAUAUAUUAGUAAUUAUUCUAAACCUCAAAAGUUUACAAGUCAUGUUACAAUUCACCAAACUCAUACUUUUACUAUUAAGCUUUAUAUUUCUAGCUUUUGCUCAAGAAUCUUGUCCCCCAAAUCAAGAAUAUUCGACAUGCAUCUCCACUUGUCCGCCAACUUGUAGUAAUCCAAAUCCUAGAAGUUGUCAUUUUUGGUGUAGAUCGGGUUGUAAAUGUAUCAAAGGUUUUAUUUUAAACGAUAAUGGUGAUUGUGUGAAACCAAGUGAUUGUUAAAAGGAAAA